AUGGCGUCCGUCGCAUUCAGCCGCUCAACAAGAGCAGGCAUUUACCAAUGGAGUUCCAAGGUUUCCCAACCUAUCCUCCACACACGCCGAAACCUCUCAUCAUACCUUGUCUCUCCGAAAGAGCUUCACGAAGCCCUUCAAAAAAACCCUCCGUCAACGAUCAGCACCGAUCCUCGAGUUAUUCCCCUCUGCGCAUCAUGGUUCCUGCCAAAUGACGGGCGAUCUGGAAUCGAGACAUUUCGCGAGCAGCGAAUCCCCAAGGCCCGAUUCUUCGACCUCGACAAGCAUAUUGACAGGCGCAGUCCCUACCCUCACAUGCUUCCCAACCCCAAGACCUUCGCCGCUGCCAUGAGUGGGCUAGGAAUCCGAAAAGAGGACACAGUCGUGGUCUAUGACAGCAAGGAGCUCGGCAUCUUCAGCGCUCCUCGCGUGGGCUGGACAUUGAAGGUUUUCGGUCACAACAACGUUCAUGUGCUGAACAACUUCAAGCUCUGGGUGGAACAGGGUCUACCAACAGAGUCAGGAGAGAUCUACACUGUUGAGUGCCGCCCUUACCAGAUUCCUGGCAUGGAUGAGGACAGUGUCGCAAGUUUCGAGCAGAUAAAGGAAAUUGCUCAGGAUCACAACAAGGAGGGCGCUGAGGGCGUUCAGGUCAUUGAUGCCCGACCUCAAAAUCGCUUCACUGGUGAAGCCCCCGAGCCCCGCGAAGGUCUCUCUUCUGGUCACAUGCCUGGAUCUAUCAACAUUCCCUUCAGUUCUGUGCUGGAUCCCAAGACCAAAGCUUUCCUUCCCAAGGAUGAACUCAAGAAGCUUUUUACUGAGAAGGGUGUGGAUUCGCAACAUCCUAUUGUCUCAAGUUGUGGUACCGGUGUGACAGCUUGCGUUAUUGACACUGCCCUUGAAGAGGCUGGCGUUGGAUCACCCGAGUCCAGGAAGGUCUACGAUGGUAGCUGGACCGAGUGGGCUCAACGGGUGCAACCUUCAGAAAAUCUGAUCAUCAAGACAGCAAAAGAGUAA